UUAAUUUUGAGUUACAUUUUGAUUUGUGUGGCAGACAAAAUGAAUCAUCCUUCAAGGGUUAAUUUAAGUGUUACUUUUGAUCGACAAAACUUUGCAAUGUAAUGUUGUGUGUGUGUGUGUCUGCAGCAAGAAGACAGAGGCAAACGAUAAUAGAAGCCCUGAAAGAGUUCGAAAGAGGAGAUCGCAUGACCUGCAUUCGCUUUGUCAAGAAGACUAAAAAAGAUGUGAACUAUAUAUCCUUCAUCUCUGGCACUGGGUGUUGGUCCUACCUUGGUCGUCAAGGAAAUGCACAGCCAAUCUCCUUGCAGAAAAGCGGUUGUGUGUUCAAAGACAUUGUGCAACACGAGGCUCUCCAUGCACUCGGAUUCCACCAUGAGCAUGUCCGCUCUGACAGAGACGAACACGUCAUCAUUAAUUUUGAGAACAUCAUGUCAGGAUUUGAAAGCAACUUUGAGAUUGUGCAAACAAACAACUUGGGUACAUCCUAUGAUUUUCAAUCCGUGAUGCAUUACGGCGAGUGAGUACAUCUUUCCAGCCAUACAAACAUGUGAUCCUUUUCUAUCCUACUCACAAAAGGUUCGGGAUAUUGGGUUUCACUCAGACUAACGAUAACCUUCACAGUUGAACUUGAG